CAUGUAUAAGGAUGGGACUGAGUAUGAUUUUAGUCGUCAUCUUCCAGCCAGAGACAUGAUCUAUCCAAACCGACGGGGAACGUGGAAGGAGCGCUUCUGUCCAUUCUGUUCCUGCUUGCUCGCUGCAGUGUACACUACUGCUGCUUUGGCGGCAACGCUACCCCGCAACGCCAACCCCACUGUCCAUGUACCUCUGUAGCUCCCCCUUGUUACGAGCUCCCCCCAGCUGGGUUGAUACCUUGGCCCCCUACUGCGUAUAAUAAGCAAACGCCAACUCGCCGAUCACUUACUCUCGCGUCCCCAAGCUAUCUACGAAGCAACAGACAAAAGAGUCAAGGAGAACGAUAUGCCCAUCGAAAUCGACAAGAUCUUGGCCGCUGCGCCCGCCACGACCCGGGGUCAGGCCACCCAGCUCUCUUGCGAUCCCAAGGGCGAGCGCAUAGUCUACGCUUCCGGCAAAUCCAUCUUCGUUCGCACCAUCGACGAGCCAUCCAAGUCCCUCCAGUAUACUGGCCAUACAACCACUACUACCGUUGCCCGCUUCUCGCCAUCAGGCUUCUGGGUUGCUUCUGGUGAUGUCUCGGGCAAGGUGCGCGUCUGGGACGCUGUCGGUGCCGAGAACACCAAGGGCGAAUACUCUAUCAUUUCCGGCCGCAUCAACGAUAUUGCCUGGGACGGCGACUCACAGCGUGUGAUUGCCGUUGGUGAUGGCCGCGAGCGAUUUGGCCAUGCUUUCACCGCUGACAGCGGCAACAGUGUUGGUGAGGUUACGGGCCACAGCAAGGUUGUCAAUGCCGUCAGCAUAAGGCAGCAGCGGCCAUUGCGAGCGGCUACAGUGUCGGACGAUGGAUCCAUGUGUUUCCUCCACGGCGCACCCUUCAAGUUCGCCGAUAAGGCCUCGGAGCACAAGGGAUUCGUUACCGGCACGACGUUCAGCCCAGACGGUGCAACAUUGGUCACGGUCGGUGCCGACAGAAAGAUCCAGCUGUACGAUGGAAAGACGGGCGCGCCGACCAAGGCGAUCGGCGAGGGUGUCCACACGGGCGGUAUCUAUGGCAUCAGCUGGGCUUCCGACUCGAAGCAUUUCGUCACCUCCAGCGCCGACCAAACUGUUCGCGUAUGGGAUGCCGAGUCGGGCAAGAACACCGAAACCUGGCGGUUCGGGCCUGAGGGCAGCGUCAGCAUCCCGGACCAGCAAGUUGGCGUAGUCUGGCCGCAUGGCCGUACCGACGGGCUCAUUAUCAGCCUCAAUCUCAAUGGGGACCUCAACUACCUGGUUCCCGGCAAUCCCAAACCGAUCCGCGUUGUUCAAGGCCACAACAAGAACAUCACCGCCCUCGGCGCCAGCCCCGACGGUAAGGCUCUUCUGACGGGUAGCUUUGAGGGCCGCGUCCUGAGCUGGGACCUCGCCGCGGGCACCGGAACCGUUGUCGACGGCCAGUCGCAUUCCAACCAAGUGACCCAGUUCUCCCUCUCCCCCUCAGGCGGCACCGUCUACAGCGUCGGCUGGGACGACACUCUGCGCUCCGUCGACGUGUCUGCCAACACCUUCACCGGCUUAUCCACCAAGCUUUCCGCCCAGCCCAAGGGCGUCGCCACCACCAGCGACGGCAAGUUCGUCGUCGUGGCCGCCCACACCGGCAUCCAAGUCUACCAGGGCCCCGACUUCAUCUCCGAGCUCCCGACCACCUUCACCCCCACUGCCAUCGCCGCCUCCCCCACGGACGCCUCCGUGAUUGCCGUAGGCGGCGACGGUAACACAGUCCGCAUCCACUCGCUCUCCAGCUCUGACGGGACUCUCUCCUCCCAGCCCGUCGCCGUCCUUACCAACUCCUCCGCCCAAAUCUCCACCCUGUCAUUCUCUCGCGACGGCAAGUUCCUGGCGGCCGGCAACUCAACGGGCAAGAUCGUCGUUUACCGCACCAGCGGCUCUGGCUCGUGGGAAGUGGAAACCGACCGAUGGUCGGCCCACACGGCGCGCGUGCUAAGCAUCGCGUGGAACGAGGCCGGCACGCAUGCCGUCAGCGGCGGGCUAGACACGAAUGUUUGUGUUUGGAGUUUGGCGAAGCCAGGGAGCAGGACGAGCGCGCCGAACGCGCACAAGGACGGCGUGAACGGGGUGGCGUGGACGGAGGAAGGUACGGUGGUUAGCACGGGUGUGGAUGGGGCGGUUAAGGCCUGGAAGGUUUCGGGGUUGCCAUGAGGCGCUGGCGCGGGUAUGGGGACUGACCAACGAGAUGUGGAGGGGAUUGUUAAGGCAACCAAACUAUGCUUGACCCUUUUACAUAGAAGGACUGCCUUGGUUAUGACUGAUUGAUUUGAGCAGGCGAGCAAGUUUAAUUACAAUGAAAUUAAAGAUAUGUGCUUACAUGGCAUGGCUGUAGCUACUCGUAUGAUGAUAACCUCUCGUGGAUAGGGGUCUCCGUGGAUGGCGAACAUUUUCAGACUUAAAACUCUCUACUAAUGGUGUUUCCUUUGUGCUUCAUAAUGCCCACUCCAACACAAUACUACCACAUACGACCAUAGAUGGUA